AUGCCAACCGACACACCGUCUUGCAAAGAAUACACCGACCGACACAUUUAUUGCCACGGCUAUAGCCCCAAGCCUGCCUGGAUAGACGGUAGCGCAGAAGAGCAGAAGGAACGAGCCCGCAUCAAAACUGCGAUUAAUCAGAAUUUUCGUCAUGUCAAGAAGAUACAGAGUCGCGCUCGCCGGAGUCGAAGCGUGAGGGAUACAGUUAUCACACCUCCGCAUCUUUCGUCAUCUCCAUCUCUACCGCAACCAGCGGAAAGUGUGAUCACAUCACACUGUGAUACAGAAGCUCUGAACCGCCCUGAUGAACAGGGCAAAAUUCUUGCCUAUAAUGAUACCAUUAAGGAUUGCGGGGUGCCUUGUGAAAGCAGCCUAAACCCCAACGAACUUGAUGAUCAAGAGCAAUUUCUAUAUCAUGACUCUCAAUCUCGAUUAGGAAAUCGGGGUUGGCUUUUCUUGCUAUUGAUUAAACGAGGGCCUCUCUACCACGCAAUUUUGAGCCUGUCCUCACUCCAUUAA